CUCACCUAACAGAGACAGAAUCUGAAAGGGGAUAUUUUUACAGUCGUGCUGAGAUAUUCGAGGAGCGCGUAAAGAGAGCUUCUUGCGUAUUGCACAACUUCUGGAGGCGCUCCAUCCCGCAGAUCAUCACUGGAACAACACGCACAGGCGCACGUGGAUUCUGUUCUUUCUCUUUUGGCUUUUGAUCAUCGUUCGAGAUGUUCGGGCACGAUUUCUGCCUCGUGUCCGCUUUGCUGUCGGUUGCCGAUGCCGUCUUACCGACAGUGCUGCUGCUCGCGGUCUCGCGGCUGCUUUGGGAGUUCAGGUGGAGCAUCACCCGGGACAGGACGUGUAAACUCCCACUCCCGCAGGGAUCCAUGGGCUGGCCGCUGGUCGGAGAAACUUUCCACUGGCUUUUCCAGGGUUCCAGCUUUCACAUCUCAAGACGAGAGAAACAUGGAAAGGUUUUUAAAACUCACCUUUUGGGCAAACCUCUCAUCCGAGUGACCGGUGCAGAAAACAUCCGGAAGAUUCUGCUGGGUGAACAUACGGUGGUCUGCACACAGUGGCCCCAGAGCACACGAAUCAUCCUGGGACCCAACACUCUAGUAAACUCAGUUGGAGAUCUGCACAAGAGGAAAAGAAAAGUCCUUGCUAAAGUGUUUAGUCGUGGGGCGCUGGAGGCAUAUCUUACUCGCCUUCAAGAUGUCGUCAAGUCUGAAAUUGCAAAGUGGUGCACUGAGACCGGGUCUGUGGAGGUUUACACCGCUGCCAAGUCACUCACCUUCCGCAUCGCCGUGCGAGUCCUGCUGGGUCUGCACCUGGAGGAGCAGCAAAUCACUUAUCUCUCCAAAACCUUCGAGCAGCUCAUGAAUAAUCUCUUCUCUCUUCCUAUUGACACUCCUGUUAGCGGCCUGCGCAAGGGAAUCAGAGCUCGUGAGAUUCUGCACUCUGCCAUGGAGAAGAUCAUAGAGGAGAAGCUGAAAAAACAGCAAGCCAGCGAUUACUGCGAUGCUUUUGACUACAUGCUGAGCAGUGCGAGGGAAAAUGACUAUGAACUUACAAUGCAAGAACUCAAGGAAACGGCAGUUGAGUUAAUCUUCGCUGCCCACUCGACGACGGCCAGCGCUUCAACAUCCCUGAUCAUGCAGCUGCUGCGUCAUCCAGACGUGAGCGAACGAGCCAGAGCAGAGCUGGAGAGCGAGGGCUUGAUCACUGAUGGCCAUGGACACUGCCGCUCUCGAUGCAACGGGAAUGCCAUCAGUGAAGAAGGUGAAGCUGCGGAGAAGAGCACCAGCGACCGGAGAUCAGCGAUCAAUAAAGCAACUUAUUUUGAAGCAGGAGACAAGGAGGAGGGCCGUCGCUCUCGGACCCACGUCCCUUACCUGAGCUUGGAGAAACUGAGUCAACUUUCAUACCUGGACUGCGUGGUCAAAGAGGUGCUUCGGUUCCUCCCACCGGUGUCUGGAGGAUACAGGACAGUUCUGCAAACAUUUGAACUGAACGGUUAUCAGAUCCCGAAGGGCUGGAGCGUCAUGUACAGCAUCCGCGACACACACGAGACGGCAGAAGCUUAUCAAAACCCAGAGCUCUUUGACCCAGACCGUUUCUGUGUGGGCCGAGAAGAAAGUAAAAGCGAGCGUUUUAGUUACGUGCCUUUCGGAGGCGGUGUGAGGAGAUGCAUCGGCCGAGAGCUGGCUUUGAUUGUGCUCAAAACUCUGGCAGUGGAGCUACUGGCCACAGCGGACUGCACUCUGGCAACCCAAACAUAUCCAAGGAUGCAGACGGUACCAAUUGUGCAUCCAGUCAAUGGACUGCAUGUGUUUUUUAACUACAGAACCCAAGGGAUUGAGAGAAACCGGAGGGAGUCCACGCACAUAUAAGCAAAUAAAUAAAUAAAUACAUUACAAAAAUCAAGUAGACACUGUACCACUUAGGACACUUAUGCACAACCAUCAGACUGCCUUUGGAAACAUAAUGCUGGAAUCAUGCAGUUUUCUUUCUGGUGUUUAUGUAAAGCAAAAACACCUGGAAAUCUGACAGAGUUGGGUUAAAAAAUAUGGAGCCAGAUCAGUCUCAAAAAUCAUUUAUUUUUCUUUAGCUUAGUCUUCAUUUUAGAAGUUGCCACAGUGGAAUGAACCACCAACUAUUCUACCUUUUUUUUUUUUUUUUUUAACGCAGUGGAUGCUCUUGCAGCUGCAACCCAGUACUGGGAAACACCCAUACACACGUACUCAUACACUCCGAACGAUUUAGCUUAUUAUGUCUUUUUAGACUGUGGUGGAAACCGGAGCACCCGUAGGAAACCCAAGCCUACACGGGGAGAACAUGCAAACUCCAUGCAAAAAUGCCAACUGGUCCAACCGGGACUCGAACCAGCAACCUUCCUGCUGUGAGGUGGCAACGCUAACCACUAAGCCGCCCUCCUCAAAAAUAAUACAAUUACAAAAUACACAUUUCACAUUUACAAAAAAGUUAUUUGUAAAUUCAAACACAAUUCAUGAAUGCACAAAUCCAAUUUGUAAAUUCAAUACAAUUCAUAAAAACAUGCCAAUCCAAUUAUUAAAUUCAAAACACGUAAAUACCCUAAUCUAAUUCAUAAAUUCAAAACAGUUUAAAAAAUGUGCAAAUUCGUAAAUUAAACACACAAUUCAUGAAUACGUAAAUCCUAUUCGCAAUUCAAAACACAAUUAAUAAAUGCACAAAUCUAAUUGGUAAAUUCAAAACACAAUUCAUAAAUGUGCAAAUGCAAUUCCCAAACUCAAAACAAUUCAUAAAUACAUAAUCCAAUUUGUAAAUUCAAAACACAAAUUCAAAUCAUAAACUCAAAAUAAUUCAUAAACGCGCAAAUCAAAUUCGUAAAUUCAAAACACAAUUCAUAAAGGUGCAAAUCCAAUUCGUAAAUUAAAAAUAUAAUUAAUGAAUACGUAAAUCCUAUUCGUAGUUCAAAACACAAUUCAUAAAUGUGCAAAUCUAAUUGGUAAAUUCAAAACACAAUUCAUAAAUGCGCAAAUGCAAUCGCAAACUCAAAACACAAUUCAUAAAUACGCAAAUCCAAUAUGUACAUUCAAAACACAAUGCAUAAAUUCAAAUUACAGUACAAUAUAUAAAUGCACACGUGUAAUUUAUUUGGGGAAAUAUUUAUUAUUUUACAUGUAAAUUUACACAUUGUGUUUUGAAUUUACGAACUGGAUUUUGUAAAUAUGAAUUGCAUUAUGCAUGUACGAGCUUGAUUUUUGCAAAUGUAUUAUUUCUGAGACUGAUCUGGCUCCAUAAAAAAUUGGCUGAUCAUUAGAAAAUGCUAAGCCUUCAAUUCAUUUUAGUGAACUUGUAGAAAGGGUAAAUAUCCACCAAGAUUCAUGAAAAAGUAACUUAAGCCUAUGUAAAAUGCAAACAAAGCUGUCGAAUUACCAAGCUAUUUUGAUGUGCAUGAGAACAUCUUUAAAAAAAAAGAGGGAAAAAAAAGAAUAGAAACGCUUUUAUUUCAUUUGUUUCAUCUCAGCCUUGUAUGUGAUAAACAAAAUCUGUUUUUUUUUUUGUUUUGUUUUUUUAAAUGAAGUAGGAACACAAAUAAGCUCUAUUUAUAUGUAUAUUUCUCAAGUGUAUAGGAAUAGCUCAGUAAAUAAGAAAUAAUAUUAUGCCACUUUCAAAUUUCUAGGCCACUGUACUAUAAAUAUGUACCGUUCUAGUACUUACAGGAGUUAAAUAUUGCUUAAAACCACAUAAAUAGAGGAGACUAAUGCAUAGCGAUUGGUGUUUAUUAUGAAUGUAAGCUGUGAAAAAUGAUCCUUGCGCUGUGAACUGGGGAUCGGUUUAAAUACAGGGAAGGAGAAAACGAGCAGCACUUUUUCUCCAAAUUAGGAGUGUAUGUACUUGUUUUGUCAAUAAUUGUGUGUAAGUUGUAGUUCCUGUACUCAUGUUUGUCUUGUCGAACAGUGCUCGUGUUAAUUUUAUAUCUUUUAUGGUAUCUAUUUUGAAAGCUCUGCUAUAAUGUUUAUAAUGGUUCUGUUCAAUAAAGAUAUUUAAAUGUGUUUAUUUGCA